UUAGCAAAAAGUACGCGAGACGCUUGUUAAUAUGUCCACAUACCCUGGUGAAUCAUUCGUCACAAGUUCUCCCUUCCAUGCUAGGCGGGGAGGCCGGACAACAGAAGAAUGCAAUUGAGGCUGGUUUCUGUUGCGCUUAUGAUGCUUGCGCAUGUCUUGCUGAUGAUAGGUAUUCAUUGGCGGAUUGCUGCGAUUCCUGCGUCGACGCUUUCUUUCUGGUGCUUUUUGCCGCUCGAACUCCGCCUGGAGCUCCCUCGCCAUGUUGAUGUCUCCUUGGGUAUCCAUCUUGUCUGUUCGUACUGUAGCCGGGUACCAAUACCGCGCGGUAUCGAAGGCGUAAUACCAGCUACAGACAGAUGUAGAUGUGAUACUGCAACAAGAGGGGAAUUCACUCAGCGUGUUGACUGCAAGCCGAUGUAGUAAGGAUUAAGGAAAUAUGGGAGAGCUCCCUGGAGUACAUGCAAGAGUGUUUGACUUGACUGAACGCUGGGGU